UUUACUCUUUUCUCGUUUUUGAAACCUUGGUGACAGUUUAAAGCUUUUCUGUAUUCGUUGAGAGAGGGAGUUAAAGAGAAAAGGAGGUGUGCCAAACCGAAAAAUAGUACAGGAAAAACGACGAUCCGCCUGCGAAAAAAGAAAAAAGGACGAAUUCCUACCCACAUACCUCAUGGAUAAUCCUGCACAGGAUCCAACGUUACCACCGCAACCACCGUCCGACGAUAAUGGCGAUGUAGCCUUCAAUACUUUUAUAGGUGUCGUUGUGUCGGUGUGUGGUAAUAUGCUUAUUUCAGUUGCGCUCAAUGUCCAAAAGUUGGCACAUAAUAAAAUCCAAGAAAACCAAGUCGCAAAGUACUUUGCCAAUAUGGACGAGCCUCCACGCUGGAUAUCGACUGCGCAAUCAUACUAUCCGAGCAAUGCCUUUUUUCCAGACGAUGGAUACUCAUCCCCACGUUCAUCGGCAGAGCUUCCACGGUCCGAGCAAGAGGAAUUGGAUCAUCAAAAGUUCAUUAUGGCUAUGGCACAAGAGCAAACGCGAGGAGAAUCCGAUUAUCUGAAAUCCAAGCUUUGGUGGCUCGGUAUUUCCUUGAUGGUCUUGGGAGAAGUCGGUAACUUUGUGGCAUACGGAUUUGCACCUGCUUCGACCAUUGCACCCCUGGGAACGACCACGCUCGUUACAAAUGUAAUCCUGGCACCCCUGAUGCUCAAGGAAGUGUUUCGAAAACGAGACCUGCUUGGAGUGCUCUUGGCCGUUUUAGGCGCCGCCAUGGUAGUUCUGAGUUCCAACUCAAAGGAAACAGCACUCUCACCAGAUCUCAUUAUGGAAGCACUUACACAGACCCGGUCACUGGUCUUUUUUAUCAUUACAGGAAUAAUGAUCACCGCCUUGACUAUUUUGUCACCUAUCUAUGGCUCUCAAAGCAUCAUGAUAGAUCUCGGUUUGGUUGCAAUCUACGGUGGAUAUACGGUGCUAUGUACAAAAAGCGUAUCGUCAUUGCUAAGCUUAACCUUUUUCAAGAUGUUUGCUUAUCCCGUGUCCUACGUGCUGAUCCUUGUUCUGGUGCUAACGGCUAUUCUUCAAAUUAAGUACUUGAAUAAGGCACUCCAACGGUUCGACUCGACUGAGGUGAUCCCUACACAGUUUGUGCUGUUUACAAUUUCUGCUAUUGCAGGAAGUGCUGUUCUUUACCAUGAUUUUGAUGAUAUGACCAUGGAUCAAACUUCAAGAUUUAUGACCGGCUGUGCUGUUGAAUUUCUCGGUGUCUACUUGAUUACAUCCAAGCGAGACAAGCAACCGCCUCCGUUGUCUGUUAGAGCAGACAGCAGUUCGUCAGUAGAGUUCACUACAACCUCAACCAACAAUACACCGGUAGAUGAAGCCGUUUACGUAUCCGAGACGGAUGAAGCAGUUUUAUCAUCCGAUCACAAUGGAGCAAAUAGCACCUCGAAUAAUCCUGCUGGUACUGUACAACCAGCUGCGCCGCCACGUUCAUCGUCGUCACCACACGCGCAUUUCGCGCCAGACCCUACAUUCCCGCGUCGCUCACUAACGGCGCGCACCGAGGGUCUACUCAAUCCAAACAGAAUGAGCGCGGCUUUACGAUCGUCAACAGCAACAACUGUUCCUGUAACACACGACGAGUGGCAUGGUAGCACCAACAACAACAACGCAGCCGCCACCGCCAAGCAACAAGCACACCGACGACGACGACGAAGCUCUGUGUUUAGAGGAAUUUCGUUGACGUCGCAAUUGGUAGACCGUAUCAAUGAGGAACCACCUAAACAGCAACCGAUCCAACUGCCACCAUCAUCGCCUACGUGGCAACAAGCAUUCGGGUUACACCAUCGACGUGGAGACUCUUUAGGAUUCAGUAAUUUGAUUUCAGGUUUGACAGGCCAUAACAAUCACCAAGGCAAUAGCAGCAGCCACUCUGCUAGUGCAGCUACUGGUAUCAUAACAUCAGGAGCAUCAUCACCAUCCCAUCACCCAUCCACACCCGUCGGUAGCCACCAUCAUGAUUCGAUUUUACAUAUCGAAUCCGAUGCGGACGCCGUGGAAAUCGAUAUCCCUACUGCAUCCACAAUAUCCUCGCAGCGCAAUAGCGAAGAUGAUCGGGAGUUGGUCCCAAUGGGGUCCAAGAGAAACUCGGCACGAUUGGUUGACAUCGAGGAGAACACCGAAUAUAGAGAUUUGAGUUGAUGAUACCCCCCCCCACUCUUAUUACAUUUUUUUUUUCUUUACCAAAACUACUACAACGAUAACUUUAACUUUCGUUUGCCAUAUAUAUAUAUAUAUAUAUAUUGUAUCAAAAAUCGACUGGAUGAUGCCUUCCCUUUUCUUUAAUUGUGCCAUGUGUUGUGGUCACUUAAUAUCGCGCCUCCCAUCUAAUCAGUAUACUUGUUCUGUUUUUCUCCCAAAUUUGUAUCUCCCAAAACACCCUCAUCCCCAGUCUCUCACUCAACGAUAACAAGAAUGAUUCACCAUACACAUAUCUAAUCAAAAAUGAAUAUCAAAAGAAG